AUGUCCGACUCAACCGUCACGAUGAGAGCCGAGGAGAGCCCUGACGAUGGGAGCAAUACCAUCACUCUGCCAUAUAGAGACGCUCCCCACGCCGCCGCACUGGAUCCCAUCUCAAACACGCUCGUGGCCACAGCGACUCUCAGCGCUACACCCCCUUCAAGUAGACCUUUCAGAACGGCGGCAGUCAAGACAUACAGGACUGAUCAACUCGGCUCGCGAACAUGGGAGUGCCGCGUUUGCAGCAAGCCCGCCACUCAGGUCCACCAUGCAGCAGCCUCAAUUCUCUCGCCGCAGGGGUCAAAGCUACUGGAUACAGCCGUCCCAACGUGCAGCGCCGUCAGGUGCAGAACCCAUGGGUUUGAAAUAGCUCAGCAAUUCAGCAACACGGCUGCCCCGGAGUCAGAUGUCACGCAUUGUGGAAAUUGCGGCGGGAGGUCCCGGACAGCACUGUGUGGCGGCUGCACGUUCGCGUACAACUCAAAAAGAACUGUGCAAGCGGCUACUAGCUUCAAGAGGCCUCGCAAUCGCACUGCAAAGACCCAAGCCGUUUCCGACGCUGAGCCUUAG